UGUUACUCUGAAACCUGUCUCUGAGUAGUGGAUUAGCUGUCACUAAUUUUACUGUGUAUUUCAAGUGUUCAAGAUAAGACUCUGCAGUAUUAUGAUCUAUAGCAGGUCUGAUUAGUAAAUGAGUUCCAAAUUUAAAAAAAAGCUAGAUUCCUAAUACUAGACUAGAAUUGAGGCUUUCAAAAUGAGUUAAUUUACACAUACUGAAUUCUAGUUAGAACUUGUCUAUAAUACUUGGUAUAAGUUAUAUAAACUCAUUUAGCACAAUUAAUAGGUAAUAGUUGCCCACUUAGAGUUGCACUUGCUGGUAAAGAUGCUGAAAUUCUGUGUUAGGAUUCCCUGGUUCUUGCCUCAGCUCCACUCUGACCCUAGUCUAGGAACUGUUCACAAAUUAGGGAUAGCCAGUGAGCGUGCAACACACACACCAUCUGUAUGGCUACUGGGAAUCCUCCUGAGAGGAUAUCCAGGCAGUUUCUAUUCCUCAAGUAAUGGAAAGGAGUGGAGAAGGGUUGAGAAUCUGGCCCAAUGUUGAGAUUUUGGGAUUAGCACACCAAAGUGGCAAUUUAAAGAUUACUCAAAGCAAGAUCUAUCUUGUGACACUACCAUAAAAUCAAUCUAGUUGCAGAUACCAACAUCAUAUAGCCUCUUGUUCAACUAUAUUGAGAUUUCUGUAUUUAACAAUGAAAAUCUAACUGAAGUGCUAACUAGUUUUUAUUCUGUUAAAUAUUUGGGUGUAAAAUUCAAUUAAAUGAAAAGUGCAUUCAUUAUAGCAAAUUGCUAUAGCAUAUGGAUCCAAGGGCUAUAAAUAAAAUAUGUUGCUGAUUACUUUCUAAGAUAGCUCAAUUGUAUCUAAUACAUUUAAACGUUCUAUCCCAUAAUUCUAAUAUUUGUUGCCAUUAUAGCUACAGUGUGGGUGGAAAAAGCUAAACCAGAAAAGAGCAGAUCUAAGUGUAAGCUACUUUGCAUAUUGUCAAUUGACUAUAAAUUACACCAGUCUUUGACUCAACAAAACAGCAUUGGAACUACAUAGUUCAGACAUUUUGAGCAGCCUGAAAAUUCUGUUUCCUUGGAUUACUUGAGAAUUUUCUCCAUCUCAAAACAGGUGAGUCUCUAUAGCAAUGAAACAAUUUUCAUGCUCUUUGAUUUUGUAUUUGUCUUGGACGUUAGGAUGGCAGAUAGUGUUUUGUGUAAUCCUGUUGUGCAGCAAAAGUGUUAGUGCCAUCCAGCCAAUGCUAUGAAUUUCUGAUUUUUUUCAUUUUUUUGCUAUACAGUGCACAUGUAGAUUUUAUCUUAGGGUAAUAUUUAACAUUCACAUGUCAGUAGAAUAUAAUCAAAGAAAAUAAUUCAUUUUCUUCUAAUAUUAACAAAAGGAACAAUCACCAUUUGCUGGUUUGAAUUUAUCUAUAAUAGCUAUAUGUUCACCUCAGAUUUUCCCUCAUGUAUAGCAAGUUAAUUUGUCUUCUGUCACUGAACAUGAAUUUGUGUGUUCAGUGCAUGUUUCUGCUACAAGCUAGCCUAUGAAAGCAUCUGUUCUAGAACAUAUUUGAUUUUCUCUUUUGGAGAGCUUUUGGUGAAUAUGGAUUCUCAAGUCAGUGAAAGUUUUAGUAAAAUCAAAACUGAAUUAAAACAGUAGUUGUGACUGGAUACACAAAUAUUUUGAUUGAACAUGACUUUACACAUGGGAAUAAUGUGCACUUGGGAUCUGAAGAUAGGCCCAAACUUUGGUCACACAAUUCCCUCCCUUUUGAGUAUGGAGGGUGUGAAAGUAUUAGAAAAUCUGCUAAAAUAGCCCCAAUUCAUUGUGAAGGAGUUGACUCAAUGGUGCCAUUCCCUCUGUCAGGUAGCAGACAUCCCUCUGUGUAAACACUGAACACCCAGUGCUUGGCAAUUUUUUUUUAAUGAGUAAUGGAAGUAGGGCAUUUCCAGUAAUGCUUUUUAGUUCUCCUGCCUCUUUUCCCUUAGAGGGCAUGAUGGAACCUGACUACUUUAGAUGGUGAAACCUUGAUGACGUGGGGGUGGAAGGUAGCAAAAGGAAAUCAGGCUGGUCGCUAUACAGGCAAGGAUUGCAUACAGUCACUGAAAACAAAUAGUGGUGGUAUGAAUUUGCAGCUAAUUUUUUUUAAAUGGUAGCUUUGUUAGAAAAACUACUGGAGGGCUGAGGUUAAACUACUCUUAUAGUGCCUUGAUAAUCCGUAGAAGUACAAUAUAACUUCGUAUUAGAGAGACGAUUUUACUGUCUCUCUCAAACUUCCAAGUGUGAUUUGAAUAGUUAAAUACAAAUCCUGAACAAUUAAUUCUGUCAUAUCUGCUGUCAGGCAGAUGUAGAGAGAGUAUGUGGUCCUCUAAUGGGCCAUCGUGAAUUGAAGGGAGUGCGGCUCUAAGCAAUACUCCAAAGGGAAGUUCAUUCACUUAUGGUAGAAACCCCUGUCCCUAAUAAAACUAACAAACAAACAUUUUUACAACUGGAAUGUAAUCUGAAUAACUUUCUUUAGCAUUGUUUAAUACUGGCUAUUAAGAUGAUCCUCAAAUAAUCCCGUAUCAAUUGGGGGGGGAGAUGAUGCCGACUCUGCAAAACAGUCCUGGGUACAGGAAUCCAUAAGGAAUCCCCUUCAGAGGAGACAUGUGGAACCAGUGUGUCACUUUACAGACGCAAAAAUAAGAUUGAGGUCCCUGCACAAAGGAGUUUUCAAUCUAAUUGCAACAUAAUACAGUGAGUGAAACCAUCAAACGUAGGUGAAAAGACAAAAUAAGGGGAGAUUUUAAAACUCUUGAUGAAUGUUUUGUUUGAUUCAGUGAAGGUUACAGGCACUUGAGUGGUAAUGUUUUUUUGGGGGAAUAAUGGGAUGGAGAGGCUGUUUACUUUGCCAAUGCGUGAUGGGUGUAUGGCAGUGCCUGUCUCUCUCUGAGUGGCAGAAUGCUAACUGAAAGUGGUGAGGGUUGAAGAGGGAAUUGAAGGAGAUUGAGGUCACUAGAGGCACAGGAGGAAGGAACAAGAAUUCAGCCAGUUUUAUUUUAUAUAAUGCCAGCUAUAAGUAUUUUUUGUCAAUUUCAGACUGAGCUGGACAUAUGUUUGGAAAUGAAGAGGAUCUGGUGUUACAAAUGCCAAGUAAAUUAGCUUAAUUGUGGUUUCCUUUAGGAGGCUGAAGGGAUUACUUUAUCUUUAGCCAGUGCUUAGUAAAUUUCUAUAGCAUAUGCUGGUGAUUAUGCACUUUUGUGUGUAUGUGAAGGAUGCUAUUCAAAUAGGACAUCAUUACACACCAUGUGGCAACCUCCCACACCAUUCGAUAAUAUCAUAAAUGCAUUAAAAUCCCUCCUUCUGGAAAAUUAUUAUUUAUAAUUUGUAUUAUUGUAGCACCUAGUCAUGGACUAGGACCCCAUUGUGUUAGGCGCUGUACAAAUACAGAACAAAAAGACAAUUCCUGCCCCAAAUAGUUUACUGUCUAUGCCAGUAAUAGAACCUAACCCAUUUAAGUAGUUGUAGUGUAUGAAUCAUUCAAUUAAUAUGCAAAUAUACAUUUCCAGGUUAAACACAAAACUCAAUGGAUAGUAAAAGCUACUGUAACUUCAUGGACAAGUUGUCCAUCUACGACUCUCAACAUGUACAACUGACUAGGCCUUUCGGUGGGGACCCUUUUGUCACGUUUCAUGUGUACCCUGAGACACCUACCCAGUUCACUUGCUCUGAGGAUUUGCCACUACUUCCUUUUACAUCUGAGGAGUUGAUCACAGAGAACUUCUAUACUGAUCCUUGCAACUUUCCUUACCAAGCGGCCCAGGCUAAUUAUGGCAGAGGUGACUAUUCUUAUGGACCAGCUUUCAUCAGAAAGAGGAAUGAAAGGGAAAGGCAGAGGGUUAAGUGUGUCAACGAAGGAUACGCCAAACUCCGACGUCACCUGCCUGAGGAAUACUUAGAGAAACGGCUCAGCAAAGUAGAAACACUUCGAGCUGCAAUAAAAUACAUUCACCAUCUACAAUCUGUUCUGUACAGUGAUUCUGCAGUGACAGAGAAGAAUAACCUGGAACUGGGCCAUACUUCCAAGGCAAUUGCCAGAGAGAUCCAGUUUUGAGGACUAUCUGAACUGCUCCAGGGAAGAAAAAUAAUCACAGCUGAGGCUAACAACAAUCACUUUAUUGGUGACACAAAUAUUUCUGUGAAACUGACACAUUUUAUGAACUGUACAAGGCACACAUCUCUACCAGUCUACUGGGGAAAGAGUUUAAAUUAACCUACAGGGGAUUACACUGAGAUGAGAAAUACUAAUCUACAGGAAAAUUAAAUGUAAACUCUUUUAGUUAGUUCAUGGAAAAUAGAAAAAAAUCCUUUAACUUUGUUAGUUGGAAACCGAAAGUAUGACUAUAUAUCAUUUUUCAGAAAGGAGCAAAUGUAUAUGCCAUCUCAGUCUGCACAUUUUAAAUAAAGUGUAACCUUCUCACGGAUGGGGCUCAGCUUCUGUUAAUUUUCAGGGAUGUUUCAUUUUCUGUUCAUUUUCACACCUCCCCAAAGAAUCUCUGCCCUAAUUGCUGCUCUCUUCCUCAAAAUACACAGGACAAUUUUUCCCCCCAAGUUGCUUGUGUAUUGGCCUAGU